AUUUUAUUUGAUUCUUGGAUGAGUAUAGCUAUAUGGAUAUCGUUGAUUUCUUCUUGAAGAACAUGGUAAAUGAGAAACUUGGUCCAAUAAGCAAUGCUCAUGUUGUUCAUGCUGACACAAGUGAGUAUGGAGCAAUGGAUGAGAAGUGCAUUCAAUUGGCGGAACUAGCAGCAACUGCUGUGGACUUCCCCAAGACGGGCAAAAUUGUGUCAAUGCCACCAUCCCUUCGACCAAAAUUAUAUCCUGACUUCAUGCAGAAGGAUGAAGCAAUCACCUAUAAAUCAGAUAAGAUCCUUGGAAGGCUUUAUCGGUCAAUCCAAGAAGACUCCAAUGGCGAUCUGGUUCCAGAAGAAACUUGCACUUUAAAUGAUCUGCCUUAUGACACAGAUAUGGAAGUUCCUGGUGCGACAGAUUUUCUCUCAAGUGCCUGGCAGUGCAAGUGCUCUUAUGAAGCACAGCUAAACGCACUGCUCAGUCAAUAUGGUGUGCGUACUGAAGCAGAGCUUGUGACGAAGCACAUAUGGUCACUUCCCAAAUACAGUAGCAGGAAGCAGGGGGAUAUAAAGGAGAGGUUAAAGAAUGCAUACUCCGCUCUCCGCAAGGAGCUCCGGAGUACUUUUGAAAGCAUUGAGACCGACCAAACUGAGAUAUCUGAUGAUGAGAAAAAUAGGGUGUAUGAGAUGAAGGCCUCUGCAUGGUACCAGGUUACCUACCACCCGAAAUGGGUCCAGAAGUCAAGGGAAAUGCUUGGGCCAGACUGCGAGGAAAUGCCUGCGAGACUUAGCUUUGCAUGGAUCGCGGUGCAUUACUUGGCGCGCAUAAAGAUAAGGUGCCGAGGAGAAGUGAAAGCUAACAGCCAAAGACCUGUCGAGAGACUUGCCGCCUACAUUUGUGAGAGCAUGUAGAUGGCAAAGCCGCUCGCGUGAAGCUCCCUGCAGUCC